AUGCUGACGGUCCAGAAGCUCCAGCCGGCGGUGACCGACGUGAGAGAGCUCCAGCGGACCGGGGCCUUCAUCGGGUACCAGGAGGGCUCCUUCAUCAAGCAACGACUCCAGAAACUAGGCUUCGACAAGGCCAAGAUGAGGAGCUACAGCACGGCGGAGGGGUACGCCGACGCGCUGUCCAGCGGGCAGGUCGCCGCCGUGUUCGACGAGAUCCCGUACCUGAGGCUCUUCCUGUCGCAGUACUGCGACGGCUACACCAUGUUCGGCCCGGUCUACAAGACCGACGGCUUCGGGUUCGUCUUCCCGAUGGGCAGCCCGCUGACGGCGGACGUGUCGCGCGCGGUCCUGACGCUGGCGGAAGGCGAGGAGAUGGCGCAGAUCGAGAAGAAGUGGUUCGGCGAGCCGGGUAAGUGCCCGAGCCAGGGCGGCGGCGGCGGCACCGCCCUCGGCUUCUCCAACCUCAGCUUCCGGAGUUUCGGCGGGCUGUUCCUCAUCACCGGCGUCGUGUCCGGCCUCAUGCUCCUCGUCUACCUCGCCACCUUCGUCUACCGCGAGCGCGGCGAGGUCCGGCCGGAGGAGGAAGGCUCGGGGAGCUCGUCGAUGCGCCUGCUGCGCGCGUGGCUGCGGCACUUCGACCAGAAGGACCUCAAGUGCCCCACGUUCAAGACGGGGAACGGCGACUCCAUCAGGGAUGGGAACCAGACGCAGAGAUGGGUUGAGUUUGAGUCCGUCAGGAAUGGCCGUGGCGGGAACGGGCCGGUGCAGGCGGCGCCCGAGGAGGAAGCCAUUGCCAUUGGCAUGAGCCCGCUCAGUUUCAACACCUCCACUCCGUCGGAGACGAUCAACGCCGGUUCGUCGCCGGCGUCAGAGCUCGGGACCUCGUUCGAGCAGAGGAUGCAGGAGGCGCCACAGUCUGCGUCGGUGGACAUGCCAGGAUCAACGGCCCCGUAA